AUGCUCGGUGCCCUUUGUGUCCGGGGGGGCGGGCGGCUGGCGAGGCGAAGGCCCGGCGGCUUUGAGCGCCGCACCAGCCGCGACGCGGGGCGCUCUGUGAGCAGCAGAGGGUCGGGCGGCGCUGAGGCCGGUUCCGUCAUGGUGAAGAAGCGGAAAGGCCGCGUCCUCAUUGACUCCGACACAGAAGACAGCGGCAGCGAGGAGAACCUGGACCAGGAGCUCCUGUCCUUGGCCAAACGAAAACGUAGUGACUCUGAGGAAAAGGAAGCACCUGCUAGCAAGCCAACGGCUUCAUCAGACUCUGAAACUUCAGACAGUGAUGAUGAGUGGACAGUUGGAGGUGCUAAAAACAAAAAGAAAGGGAAAGCAGGGAAAGCAGAGAAAAAAGGAGCAAUGAAGAAGCAGAUGAACAAAACAGCCUCAUCAGGCAGUUCUGACAAAGAGAGUUCUGCAGAGAGCUCAGCGCCUGAGGAAGGUGAGGUAUCAGACUCUGAAAGCAACACCUGUUCAUCCAGUUCAGACUCUGAUUCGUCAUCUGAAGAUGAGUUCACAGAUGGCUAUGGGGAAGACCUCAUGGGUGAUGAGGAAGAUAGAGCUCGAUUGGAACAAAUGACUGAGAAAGAGAGGGAACAGGAGCUGUUCAACCGGAUAGAGAAGAGAGAGGUGCUGAAGCGAAGGUUUGAAAUAAAGAAGAAAUUAAAGACUGCAAAAAAGAAAGAAAAGAAAGAGAAAAAGAAAAAGCAAGAAGAAGAACAGGAAAAGAAGAAACUUACACAGAUCCAAGAAUCCCAGGUAAUGUCGCAUAAUAAAGAGCGGCGCUCAAAGCGAGAUGAAAAAUUGGAUAAGAAAUCCCAAGCCAUGGAAGAACUGAAAGCAGAGAGAGAGAAAAGGAAAAAUAGGACAGCAGAGUUGCUUGCAAAGAAACAGCCAUUAAAAACUAGUGAAGUAUACUCUGAUGAUGAAGAGGAGGAGGAAGAUGAUAAAUCUAGUGAGAAGUCUGAUCGUUCAUCCAGAUCUUCAUCUUCUGAUGAAGAGGAAGAAAAAGAAGAAAUUCCUCCCAAAUCACAACCAGUGUCUUUGCCUGAAGAGCUAAAUCGGGUUCGAUUAUCUCGACAUAAACUGGAGCGUUGGUGUCACAUGCCAUUUUUUGCCAAGACGGUCACAGGCUGCUUUGUGCGCAUUGGCAUAGGAAACCAUAACAGCAAACCAGUUUACAGGGUGGCAGAAAUAACUGGUGUUGUAGAAACUGCAAAGGUUUAUCAACUUGGAGGUACCAGGACAAACAAAGGAUUACAGCUAAGGCACGGCAAUGAUCAGCGUGUUUUCCGGUUAGAGUUUGUCUCCAAUCAAGAAUUUACCGAGAGUGAAUUCAUGAAGUGGAAGGAAGCUAUGUUUUCUGCUGGGAUGCAGUUACCCACAUUAGAUGAAAUAAACAGGAAGGAAGUGUCCAUCAAAGAAGCCCUCAACUAUAAGUUUAAUGACCAGGAUAUUGAGGAGAUUGUAAAAGAGAAAGAGAGAUUCCGGAAAGCUCCCCCAAACUAUGCCAUGAAGAAAACGCAGCUCCUGAAAGAGAAGGCAAUGGCAGAGGACUUGGGAGACCAGGACAGGGCAAAACAGAUUCAAGAUCAGCUUAAUGAGUUAGAGGAGAGAGCAGAGGCCUUGGAUCGCCAGCGAACAAAAAAUAUUUCAGCCAUCAGUUACAUUAAUCAGAGGAAUAGAGAAUGGAACAUUGUGGAAUCUGAAAAGGCUUUAGUGGCGGAAAGCCACAAUAUGAAAAACCAGCAAAUGGAUCCAUUUACUAGGCGGCAGUGCAAACCCACAAUAGUCUCAAACUCUAGAGAUCCUGCUGUCCAAGCUGCUAUUCUUGCCCAAUUGAAUGCAAAAUACGGAUCUGGUGUAUUGCCAGAUGCUCCAAAGGAUGUAAACAAGAGUCAGGGAAAAGACAAAGAUAUGAAUUCAAAAUCAGCAAGUGACCUCUCCGAGGACCUCUUCAAAGUGCAUGAUUUUGAUGUGAAGAUUGAUCUCCAGGUUCCCAGCUCAGAGUCCAAAACACUGGCUAUCACCUCCAAGGCUCCUCCUGCAAAAGAUGGUGCACCCCGGCGAUCAUUGAACCUGGAGGACUACAAGAAAAGGCGGGGGCUUAUUUGAGAAUACCCACUCUCUGCUGCCCCUGAUCCUGCAUGCUACAUGAUGCCCAUUAUUUUGUUCCUUUCCUCUUCAGUUUGCCCUUGGGGUUGGAGCAGCAACAGAGCUGGGAAGAAACUCUUUGAAAUUGCCAGCCAUCUGUAAUAUAAACCAUUGACUCUUUACUGUAUAGAUCGCCCUUCUUCCCUUUUCUUCCUGCCACCCCCUACAUGUGGAUCCGUGCUAUUUAGGUUUUGUUUUGUUUUUUAAUUUUAUUUUGUUUUUUGAUACAGCUGGUUGGCUGGCUGUUGCUAUUCAGUGUUAACCUGGAGUCUGGAUUUCUGCAGGAAUAUCUUGGAGGCAGAAGCAGUGUUCACACUUUUGGCUGACUUUCCACCACAGGCAGGGAAAGUGAAACAGUGGCACAAGGCCUGUCACCUGCACCUGUCUUCUUCUUCUUCUUUUGCCCCCUGACUGCUAAAUUUGGAGAAGGACAUCUUUACAAACUGAGUUAGGUUAAAAGUGUACAUUUUUGUGGGGGUGGGGGUGUUGUGCAGAUUUUUUCCAGGUGGUUUUUUAAAAAUCAUUUUUAACCUGCAGUACUGUUUAUAUCUGUCAGUUCUUUACAGCUGUGUUGAAUUUCUACCAGCUACAUUGGAGCAUCCAAAACAAUAGGAGCAAUUUAGCUGAAGAAAUUCUUCUUACUAAACAACAAAAAAGUCUGGUGACAAUACUUCCCUGUUCCUUUGCACAGACUUUUAGAAGUGCUGCCCUCCUCAGUGUCUUGCCUUGUAAAGGCUUUACUAUUUACCAACUGAAUUCCCUGUUACAGAGAGGUGGGGUAAUUUAUCUUCCUUUUGAUUUUUUUUAAAGAAUACUAAAUCUGUAUACUCUCCCAGUUUUUAUUUUUCCUCAUGGUCGCCUCAUCUUUUCUAGGCCAGAUUUUUGUAUUUUGCCCCCUGUUUAAACUUUAUUUUGGUCUUGAUUUGCAGAAUGGGAAGCAUACAGUAGAAAACAAGACUAGGAAAAUAUGGGAGGGCAGUUAUUUGACCUAUGUGUAACUGGUACAACAUGUGCAGUGGAACUCUAGCACAAGAAUUGUAUGUAUGGAAUGUUUGAAUAGGAACAAGAUGACUGCUUGAUAAUCACUCAGGUGUAAAGAUCAAAGUGUAAAUAAAUGAUGUUUUAUCAAAGAGCUCUUCAGAAUGAAAUAUGCUGGGUUAUACUGAACCAAGAACUACAUACACACCAGAAAUUUGCCAGAUUAUUCUAGUGCCAGUGCUAGAAAGUUCCCUAAAUUAAGGUUGCUUUUCUGACUCGGGGUUGAAAGGAAAAAUCCUAACAUGCAUAAAGCAUUCUUAAGCAAGCCUAGCAAAUGUUGUGGCUAUUAUUUGUGGGAUCCUUAUCCAUGCUUUAAUGUUUUUUAAAAUUCUUUAUUUAAGACUAGAAAGACAUGUAGCUGUAAAACCUGAUGAAAAGAAGAGGGGAUUAGGAAAACAUACACACACCACAGAAUCCUCCCCAUGAAGCAGUUCUUGUCAAGUUGUGUAAACUGUGUGGCUUUAUUUACUAGAUAGUCCAUAGUUUGUGACCCACUGUGUGGACUAUUGUGUAAAUAUGUAAUCAUUCUGCCUUUUAUUGCGAGCUACCCUUCCUUGAGCUCACUCUUGCGAUCUCUUAUUUACAAAUGUACUUCUAUCUUCUUUUUUUAGUGGAUUUCUAGAAUCUGCCGAUGUAUAGCUGUUUGGGCACCAUCACGAUAUACGCUCUGUGAAUACACAGCUGGUCUCACUUGAUUUUGGCCAGCAAUAUCUGUAGUAACCAGUCUCCCCAGCACCACCAACACUUUGGAUAAAGAAAAAUAUUAUUACACUUUUGCAGGGCUUAAUAGCCCACAGCCUAUUGUAGGGCUUAAUAGCCCACCAAAAGUGAGGACACAGGAGAACAAAAGAGCAAGCAAAGACUGGAACCUACACCUUUCUUGAGAUUUCACUGACGGCUCUGUCAGCAGUCCACACUGGGACCUCUGCAACAGAGGUGCACCUGCAGCUGUGGGCUACAUAAUCAAAAUACUGAUGUCAUCCCUAAGUUGUAAAUAAUGCAGCAGUUAUCUUCUUUCCCAAAGACCUAAACAAAUGGGGAGUGGGUGAUGUAUUUAGGAGAAACAAGUGAACGAAGUAUCCCCUAUUUACUAAAUAAAAAAUUCUGCUUUGAACAGAGGUCACGGACUGUAUGUCCUUGUAUGCCGUCUGUUUUUUUCACCAAGAAUAAUGCAUUGAGGGAGUAAUUUUUUUUCUCAAAUAGCUAUGAAAUUGUGUAUGAAGGUGUAACGUUUUCUCCUCCAAGUGCAUGUGACGGUGAGUGACGAAAACCUUGGCUCAUUGGGAGGGGACGGGUUUAUUUGCUUUAAUUCAUUUGAUGUCUUGGCAGCAUUCAUUUAAAAUGUAUAGACUCCUAUAAAUAAACUUCGGUUGGUUUUAA